CUGACGAGUGGUUCAGAACAUGCUCCCCACAUUCCAAUAACGAUUUCUUUGGCUGUUUUGAUCUGCUGCCUUUCCUCCUUGGCUGGACUUUCCUUCCCUUUUCGGCCCAUCUGUCGCCACCAUGGACCGGACAGACAGUGCCUUCCACGAAACCUUUCGCGUGGUACCAUCCGAUACUGCACCAAACACGACUCGCAAAAGCAAGACUGCCUCUGGAGACCAGGAAUAUCGCCAUAAAUUCGGCAGCUUCCAUCUCAAAAAUCAAAACUCUACUACACACCCGGCCCCAGAGAGACCGAAUGCUACCCCUCGAAGAUCCACAGAACCACGCCGCAAAUCCAUCACAACAACCUCAUCGAACUCCACAAAAUCCCGUCGACGCGGCCAUGGCUCCGCCCCCUCCUCCCGUCGGACAUCUUGCACCGUCAUCGACCCUUCCAGACCAACACGCCACUACCGAAUCAACAGCUCCCAGACAUGUCCUACCCUCAACCGCGACAUCGACGACGUGCUCGCACUUCAUUUCCGGUCCUGCAGCUUGUUCCAGAAUUCCACAUAUCAACCGAGUCUCCCAAGCCCCACCAUGUCCGCAUAUGGCCCAAGCGUAACCGCGGAGAUUGGCGCCACACCAGGGCCCCAAACGCAAGCGAGCACGCGCGAGUCGGGGUCGCCGGUGCAGGAUGAGAAAACAGGGCCUACGACCGAUAUUGGAGAAGAUACGAUUAUGCACUGGAUGUCACCCUCGACGCGUAAGAUUCAGUACGCCAAGAUUGAUCGGGCGAACACUGGGAUCAGGGGCCUUUUGCGGAGAUUCAUACCGCGAUGCGUAUCUGGGCCGGGAUCGCAGCGUUUCUAUGAGGAGGAGAAGUCGGAUGCGGGAUCUGUCCGUCGGUAUCGGAUGGAUCUGUCGGGCGAGGAGGAGGAGGAGGAGGAGGAGGAGGAGGACCUGAAGAGCACGUCGGGCCUGAAGAUGCAGCGGCGGAAGCUGGCGAGGUCGACGACGCAAAGGGGUGAGACUGGGAAGAAGGUUUUUGGAUGCUUCUAAGGCGGAGGACGAUGACGAUUCACGGCCUUGACAUUUUGCGCUGCAUGAUACCCAUGGUAUGUUUUCUUUGUUUGGGGAGCUUGCAUGAUACCUUGAUGGUUUGUUUGAAUGUUUAAUACUAGAUACGUGAGCGCGUCGUUACAUAGCAAUGAGAGCAUUGACGUUAGUUGGAAUCAUCCAUUUUAAGGGGCC